AGACCACACUAGACACUACUCGCCGGACCGACUCCCCACCACCGCAAUCCCACUCCGCCACCAUGCCUCUCCUCCGGCUGCCGCCGCCCGUCCCCAGUCCCGCCGCCGCAUCCCUCCCCCGUCACCACCUCCGCCUCGCCACCCAGCACAGGCACCUCACCGGAGCCACUCCCUCCUCUCCCUGCCUUCCCCGCCUCCGCAUCAGCGCUGCCCCCGCGGCCCGUCCCCUCCGAGGCAUUCCGUCGAGCAGGUGCCAUGCGGCGGCGGGAGAUCCGGUGCCGGCGCCCUCUCUGGCGCCUUCCGGCGCGCGGGCAGCGCUGGUGCGCGUCGGGGAGGCGCUGUCGCUCGGGUUCCCGCUUUGGGUCGCGUCGGCCUGCGCGUUGGCGCUCUGGCGGCCGGCGUCCUUCCUCUGGGUCACCCCCACCGCCCAGAUGGUCGGCCUGUCCUUCACCAUGCUCGGAAUGGGGAUGACACUGACGCUUGAUGACCUGAGAACCGCGCUCUUGAUGCCCAAGGAGUUAGCUGCUGGGUUUCUACUUCAGUACACUGUGAUGCCAUUGUCAGGAUAUCUCAUCAGCAGGCUAUUAAACCUACCAUCCCAUUAUGCUGCUGGACUGAUUUUGGUUUCCUGCUGCCCUGGAGGCACAGCAAGCAACAUUGUUACCUAUUUAGCAAGGGCAAAUGUUGCUCUUUCAGUGCUGAUGACAGCAGCAAGCACUUUUGCUGCAGCGUUCAUGACUCCACUUUUGUCAUCCAAACUGGCUGGGCAAUACGUCGCAGUAGACCCUAUGGGACUGUUCGUGUCGACAUCGCAGGUUGUCCUAGCGCCUGUUCUUUUGGGUGCUCUACUGAAUCAGUACAUGGGCCGUUUGGUUGAGUUGGUUUCUCCCUUGAUGCCGUUCGUUGCUGUGGCAACAGUAGCUGUUCUUUGCGGCAAUGCGAUCGCGCAGAACGCUUCAGCCAUCCUGGCAUCUGGCCUACAGGUGGUGCUAUCUGUCAUCUUGUUGCAUGGAUGCGGCUUCUUCUUUGGCUAUGUUCUAUCAAGGAUGAUCGGCAUCGACAUCGCUUCGUCACGAACAAUCUCCAUCGAGGUUGGCAUGCAGAACUCGGUGCUGGGUGUAGUCCUUGCGGGCAAGCACUUCGGGAGCCCUCUCACGGCGGUUCCGUGCGCGGUGUCGAGCAUCUGCCACUCGGUCUAUGGUAGCCUCUUAGCUGGGGUCUGGAGGUCCAUGCCUCCAAACGACAAGCAGGGAGCAUGAUGGAUCAUCAGACAGAUAGAUACUUUAGUAGUGGUAGUCGCGGGAGCUCGGGUUAUGAGUUAUUCGAAACUGUUUGUGCUUGUGAGAAAUAUUUGACGAUGAAAACCAAGCGCACCGCAACGAUA